AUGUCGGCACCACCCGAUGAAACCUCACCCAAUUUGAGACAGAGAGUCAGCCGUGCAUGCGACUUGUGUAGACGAAAAAAAGUAAAGUGCGAUGGAGCAACUCCUGUUUGUACCAAUUGUAAAGCGAUAGGUCUAGAAUGCACUUUCAAAGACAUGACAAAAAAGCGAGGACCACCAAAGGGAUACAUUGAAGCGAUAGAGAAUAGACUGUAUAAAUUGGAGAACUUUCUGGCUGGACUGGCAAAAGGUGGAGAUGUGCAAUCAAAGCAACUGUUAUCGGAACUCAACUCUCCAUUGGAAACACCUUCUGGAGAACAGAUUCGGGCGAGGCCGGUCAGGAGAGCUCCUCGAUCUGAAAGAAACAAGGUGUUUUUUUGGCAGCAAGAUAAAGCGGGGAAGCGCAAAAGAGAUAGCCUCGUAGAGCAUCAACUGGGCGGGCAGAAUCACACAAUAGACGAUCACGACGACGACGGUGAGGAGGACAUGGAUACCAACACACCGCACCAGCAGCAAAGCCAGCAUAAACGAGAAGAGUCAGUGGACGAAGGCCUUGGCCAAUUGGCGAUGGAUGAGAAUGGGCAAGUGCGCUAUCUGGGAAAGUCGUCAGGUUAUUACCUUCUGCAGAACAGCAGAACAUAUCAAAAUGGAGCGUUUCAUUUCGCAAACUACGGAAAUCGACCUCGAAACAGAAAGAGAAAUAGAUCAAAUAACGUCGAUCCUUUGGAAUUGCCACCGAAAGAUCUAUCCGAGCACUUGAUUCGACUGUAUUUCAAGCACUUUUACCCAUUUCUACCGCUAUUCUACAAAAGACAGCUAUUCAGUACCAUUGAUCAUCCAGCCAUGGAGCCAGUAGCACCACUCUUAUUGAAUGCCAUCUAUGCGGUGGCAUCUCGCAUAUCACCUGAUGUCCGAGUGAGAUCUGAUCCCGCUUCACCUGAUACAGCUGGCGAUGUAUUUUUCGAGAGAGCAGAAAAGUUACUAGAUGAAUCGUACGACACACCGAGCAUAUCAACUGUACAAGCGCUUGUUUUGCUAGCCAGCCAUCAGCAUGGCGCUAUGAAAUCAGCCAGAGCGUGGCUGUAUAGUGGCAUGGCUUUCAGAAUGGCCCAGGAUUUGGGCCUGCAUCGAAAUUGUGAUCAUUGGAAUAUCCCUCCAGAAGAAUGCGAGAGACGAAAACGAGUGUUUUGGUGCUGUUAUGUGGUUGAUCGACUAGCAAGCGCCAUGUAUGGAAGAGCGUCUACAUUUGAAGAACGCGAUUGUGAUGUGCCUUUCCCCACUGUCGAUGACGAUGAUGUGAUACAGGAAGACGACCCCAACUCGACUCUACAACAGCCGUCAUUUCGACUACUAGAAGGGUUCACCAACCUCAUCAAGAUUUGCGAUAUUUUAGGCCACGUAUUAAAGAACAUUUACUAUGUGCGUUCGCUGCAAUACACAGGAGCCAAGCAAGCUGACUCUGUGUUGACAACGUGGAACAAGAAGCUGCAGCAAUGGUAUGCCCACUUACCGGAUUCGCUGCAGAUCAAAAAAGAUAGCAGUAAUAGCAACCAUACCCUUCCUCCGACUGCUGUCUGUCAGUUGCACAUGAUUUACCAUACUACAGUCAUUCUGCUUCAUCGACCCUUCAUUCCUGGUCCUAAUCAAAGUCUAUUGCCAUCGCUAUUGCCCUGUGCCUCGAUAUGUUCCGCAGCUGCCGACUCGGUAUUAUUCAUCACCAACACCAUGCUCGCUGAAAACAAGCUCCGUUAUGUCAUGAAUUAUGCUGUUUACUACAUCUUCACUUCAGGCAUCAUCUUUAUACGAAGCGCGUGUGCUGUCAAGCCAAGCAAUACACCAUCACUGUCAUCCGAAGAUAAAUCACUGGAGGCCAAAGUCAAAGUGACAAAAUGUAUGCAAGCACUAGACGAAAUAGAAGCGACAUGGACUACGGCGAGCAAAAGUUGCCAAAUUCUAGCCGAACUGAGUGGGUUUCGUGAUGCUGAUUUUCACAGUAGCAACCAGCAGCAGCAAUACAAUACCAACCAAUGGCAACAUCAAACUGUCAACUUGACGAGACAGCAAGAGCCGCAGCAGCAACCUCAGACAGAUAGCAGGAGCACGCCAGCUUACCUACAUCCUAUAUCUCCACAAUCAUCCACCUCCUCGCCACAAUUACAGUACGAGCAACACCAGCGUACAAACAGCAGUAAUUUGAGAUUUCCCAUCAUUCGUGCUGAUCAAAAGAACGAUGAUCUGGAAGCAAGGCGGCUAUAUGCUUCCUCAUCUACUACUCUUAAUAUGGAUUUUGCAGCUGCCAAUCCGUUUCAGGUACAAAACAACGGCCCUGUCAAUAAUGCCACUGCUAUGGAUCCAUUUGCUGCACCAGGCAUCAUUCCCAUCCCAUCGCCACGACAGUAUGAUCCUUUGGGCAAUGCAUUUUGGGGUGUGCCUUCUUCGCUGGAUGUGAAUGAGUGGAACAAUUUUAUGAGCUCCAAUCUAAACGGACAGCAGCAGCAACAUGACCCAUUUGCAAGCGCUGAUACUACUUGCUUACAGGACAGACAAGUGUACGAAGCACAAGCAUCAGCAGCACCAUCCAUAUCUACUUCCAGUAACAUUCUCGGUAACUAUCAACCAACAGCAGGAGAGAAACAACGCCUGAUCCACACAGAUCAGCAUGUGGAUGUCUUGUCGGGCGUAUCUGUGCCUUUGGAUCAGUCAACUACUAGCAGCGGCGCAAACACUUCUACACUGAUGAGUUAUUUGCCACAGCUACAGAAUGAAGAUGGUCAAAACACAUCGAAUAAUAGCAGUAAUAAUAAUAACGACGCGAAUCUUACACUUAAUAAUAACCCCAACAAACCAUCACUACCACCGCCAGCAUCAAUACCAAUGGAUAGCAGACCAUCAACAUCAACAGGUGCUGAUUUAGCCAAUGCUUAUUAUUGGUAG